UUUGUGGCCUUGGAUGGUGGACUUUAAGUCAAGAAACUUGUUCAACACAAAAAAUUUAUCAACUGAAUAAUUAUUGUUAUUAAUUUUUUACAAUACAAUGAAAUUAUUAACUAGUACAUUUUUACGUUUACCAAAAUAUGCAACUUUAUUAAAUUCUAAUAAAUUAAAUUCGUUAUUUAUCAAUGGAAUUGGUCAUUGCAAUAUGGCGUCUGAAGUUGAAAAAUCACAAAGUGCAAGUGCCGGUGGUGAUACAAUAUUUGGUAAAAUAUUAAGAAAAGAAAUACCAUGUACUUUCAUUCAUGAAGAUGAUAAGUGUGUUGCAUUUAAUGAUGUCAAUCCUCAAGCACCAACUCAUUUUUUGGUAAUACCACGUAAACCAAUUGCCCAAUUAUCAAAAUCAGAUGAUGAUGAUGCAGCUCUACUUGGACACUUGAUGAUUGUUGCAAGGAAAAUUGCAAAAGAACAAGGUCUAGAUAAUGGUUUUCGUUUGGUAAUUAAUGAUGGAAAAGAUGGUGCACAAUCUGUUUAUCAUUUACAUCUUCAUGUUCUUGGUGGUAGACAAUUACAAUGGCCACCUGGUUAAUUAUUUAAUAAUAAUAAAAAAUAAAUAAUUCCAAAUAAUAAACUUGAAACAAUUAAAA